GCUCCUACGACAACCGCAACAACAGAAACACCUACAACAACUGUAGCUCCCACGACAACUGCAGCUCCUACAACAACUGUAGCUUCUACGUCAACCACAGAAGCUGCCUCUACGACAACCACUGCAGCUCUAACUACAACAACUGCUGCUCCAACGACCACUACAACUCCAGAACCUAUUACGACAACCACUGCAGCUCCUGCUACAACAACUGCUAUUCUUACAACCACUGAGACUGCAGCACCUUCUACAACAACUACAACUUCAGCUCCUACGACAACCACAACAGCAACACCUACAACAACUGUAGCUUCCGCAGCUGCCCCUACGACAACCAUUGCAGCCCUCACUGCAACAACUGCUGCUCCUUCGACCACUACAACUUCAGCUCCUACGACAACCGCAACAACAGAAACACCUACAUCUACGUCAACCACAGCAGCUGCCUCUACGACAACCACUGCAGCUCUAACUACAACAACUGCUGCUCCAACGACCACUACAUCUCCAGAACCAGCUGCCCCUACGACAACCAUUGCAGCCCUCACUGCAAUAACUGCUGCUCCUUCGACCACUACAACUCCAGAACCUACUACGACAACCAGUGCAGCUCCUACUACACCAACUUCUGUUCUUACAACAACAAUGGCUGCAGCACCUUCUAUAACAGCUUCAACUUCAGCUCCUACGACAACCGCACCAGUAACACCUACAACAACUGUUUCUUCCACGACAACUGCAGCUCCUACAACAACUUCAGAAUCUACUUCAACCACAGCAGCUGCCCCUACGACAACCACUGCAGCUCUAACUACAACCACUGCAGCCCUAACUGCAACAACUGCUGCUGCUUCGACCACUACAACUCCAGACUUCAACUUCAGCUCCUACUACGACCGCAACAACAGCCCCUACAACAACACCUGCAGUUCCUACAACUGUAACUCCCACGACCACUACACCUGUUGUGCUUACUACAGCAAUCACAACUACAGCUCCUGCUGCAACAACUCACCUUCGACAACAACUACAACUUCAGCUCCUACGACAACCACAACAGCAACACCUACAACAACUGUAGCUUCCACGACAACUGCAGCUCCUACAACAACUUUAGAAUCUAUUUCAACAACCACUGCAGCUCCUGCUACAACAACUGCUAUUCUUACAACCACUGAGGCUCCUACGACAACCAAAACAGCAACACCUACAACAACUGUAGCUUCCACGACACCUGCAGAUCCUACAACAACUUUAGAAUCUACUUCAACCACAGCAGCUGCCCCUACAACAACCACUGCAGCUCUA